AAAACAUAUAAUCCCAGUUCUUUAUGGAACAUAACGCUCCGCACUCUCGUUCCACACCUGGACCAGUGAAUUCAUCUGUGAACAGGACCAACAAACAAAGUCAAGAUGUGCUGCUCAGGGUUUCUGAAAAUAAUGAUGUUCAUCUUCAAUGGUGUCAUCUUCUUGGCAGGUGCUGCAAUCCUGGGUGUAGGGAUCUGGGUGACAGUAGACAGUAGCUCCAUGCUCGGGAUGUUAUCUCAGAUUAAAGACGCACCUCCAGAGUUGGCCCAACUGGCUAACGUGGGCUACCUGUUGAUUGGCAUAGGGUCCAUACUCGCCAUCAUGGGCUUCCUGGGCUGCUGCGGAGCAAUAACUGAGAACAAGUGUAUGCUUCUGACCUUCUUCAUCAUUGUGCUCAUCAUCUUCAUUGCUGAGGUGGCUGGGGCCAUUAUAGUUCUGGUGUUCCAGCCCCUGGUGAGGGAGGUUUUGGGCUCUUUAAAUGACAAAUUUGUUGAAGUCAUUAGGAAAGAGUACGGAAACGAAUCAGAAUUCUCAUCUGUCUUUAAUAGCACUAUGACACAGCUGAAAUGCUGUGGAUACAACAAUUACACCGACUUCAACGGAUCUCCUUUUGAAACGGCUUACAAACAUUACCCAGUGACUUGCUGCUCCGAAACUUCAGUGUGUAGUUUGAGUGAAGCAGAAAGAGCGGAAGUGCACGGUUGUUUCGAAGUACUGGUAAAAUUUAUAGAAGAUAACACGCUGUUGUUAGGAGGCGUGGCCAUCGGCAUUGCUGCUCUAGAGAUUGCUGCAAUGGUUGUGUCCAUGGUCCUGUACAAUAACAUAGGAAAAUGAUUACAAUAGCGAAAGCUGCAGCAAGCACUGAUGUAUGCACUUCUUCUUUCUACUACUCACGUCACUGCCGGCUGAUUGCUGUCUUAUAUUUCUAUUAAUUCUCACAAGACAAACCUUCUGAAAAAUUACCACUGGUCAACCUCAGGGUUUGGACCAGUAGUACCAAUUAAUACCAAUAAUACGCAAUUUCAUAUUUUUAUUUAUGUGAUAUUGCAAUAGGUCUUACAGCAUAAAUUAACUUCUAACACACUAGCUUGCUAAUAGUACUAACAAUUAAUAAGUUAUGAUAAGAAAAAGUUAAUAUAAUUUUUUUAUGGAAUGCCUGUUGAUGUCUAUUAGAUUUUAUUUAUUUGUAAGUUUGUAACAUUUAUUUGGGUUUGCUUGAAGUAUUAAUCAGAGCAUUGUCACCCACAUUCAUAGUUCCCAACAAUCAUUAGUUAGACUCCAGCACGGUCUGGAUUUAAAUAUUUGCUUCCUGUUUUACUGUGUCAUAAACAAUAAUAUGAUGUAGCACUGGUCUUGUUGCAGAUAUUAAAUAAGUUCUGAUGGUAUUAAAGUCUCAUGUAAAGUUUGAA